GGCUGGGCCGCCUAUUUUAUAACAUUGGGCUGGCCUAAGAAAAUUUCGAUUAUAACCUCAGUAUGUCAGAAGUUCAUAACACAGAAAAUCGUACUCCUCAACUCACUCUCAUUUUUCUCUCUCCUCUGCAAAAUUUUCUUACAUCAAUGGAGUUUUAGGGAUUUCUUUUUUAGUUUAUUUACCUCUUUCUUCAGUUUUAUUCGUCGCUCAAAUUUACAAGUUUUCGUCAUUUUUUCUAAAGAUUCAACUAAGUUGGCUCAGUAGAAUUGAUGGUGACUGAAAACAUGAGUCCUAUUGAGAAGCAUCAAGAAGAGAAACUAGAUAUUCCUCCGGAUUUGACUUCACUCGCCACAUUCAGUUUGCAAAGAGCAGAAGUAAAUGAUCUUGAGAUAUCUUCAGGGAUAUCCCCUUCUGAUAUUGAUGGUCUUGAAAGCAUCAAGAGAAGUUUGAAGAUUCAACAAAGACCAUGGAUUGUUUAUGACCAGUUCGAAGGUGAAAGGGAGCCAGAUGUGAAACCACAUGAUAUGAGUUCAUCUCCAAAGGUUUGUCUUCCCAAGGGUGUUACAAGAGGAUGCUCAAACUGCAGCGGGUGUCAAAAGGUUUCAGCUAGGUGGGAUCCCGAAGGUGCAUUCACUCAUGCACUAGAAGAUGUAAUUGUAUUUCAUCCUAACGAAGAGGAUUUCAAGGACACCUUCAAGUACAUUGAAAGCAUACGCCAACAGGUGGAACCCUAUGGAUUAUGUCGUAUUGUCCCACCUUCAUCAUGGAAAUUUCCAAGCUUUUUUGAGGAAGAUGACAUCUGGCAAAAUUAUAGAUUUUCUACCCAAGUUCAACGGGUUAAUGAGCUCAAAAAUCACGGCUCCUUUAGAAAGGUAACUCCAGACAGUGACACUAGAGAGGCAAAACGAAGAAGAUUGGAUUACGAGUCUACUGAUGUUUGUGCUGCAAAUUUUUGCUCUGAUGAAUGCCAAGGAUUAGAAAGUUUCUGUAUUGAAUCUGGUCCAGAGUUCAAUCUUAUAGCUUUUAAACGGUAUGCUGAUUAUUUUCACCAGUGUUACUUUUCCAAAGAAGUUGAGGCUCCAUAUGUUCAAUCAAGGGCAGCUAUGCAUCAAGCUCAGAGGGAACCAUCUGAACAAAAUAUUGAAGGUGAAUUUUGGCGUAUUGUGGAAAAGCCAACUGAAGAAAUAGAAGUGCUUUAUGGGACUGAUACCAUUUCUGAAAAACUCGGCUGCAAUUUUUCAGUAUCAUCAAACCUAGGUCAGGCAUCUGAUUCCAUUGAAGGUGUUUCUUCAAAUUGGGACUUAAAUCAUCUCAACAAGUUGCCUGGUUCCUUGCUUUCGUUUGAGACAUUGGACUCUUCUGGUAUAUUGGCGCCUCAGCUACAUAUUGGAAUGUGCUUUUCAUCUCUUCCUUGGACUGUUUCAGAGCAUCACUUAUAUAAGCUGCAGUAUCUGCAUUUGGGUGCUCCUAGGAUAUGGUACAGCACACCCGGAUGUGACUCACAUAAGUUUGAGGUUAUUGCAAAAAGACACUUCCCAGCUUCUGGAAAAGAUCAUCUUGAGCGAACUCAUAGACCAGAUCGACAAUUGUCCCCUACAAUAUUAAAAUCAGAGGGUAUACCAGUUUAUCGUUGCAUCCAACGGCCCGGCGAAUUUGUUCUUUUUCUUCCAGGAGCCUACCAUUCAGGUUUUGAUUGUGGGUUCAGUUGUUCUGUGUCGGCAGUCUUUGCUCCAUUGGAGUGGUUGCCUCAUGGGCAACUUUCAACGGAGCUAUACCGUGAGAAGAGAAGGAAAACACUAAUCUCUUAUGAUAAGGUGCUAUUAAGAGCAGCUGAUGAAGCUUUGAAGGCCCAAUGGGAAUCUCUAUUAAGGGGUAAGAAAACACCAAAAGUCUUGACAUGGAAGGAGACUCUUGGAAAAGACAGGGUAUUAGCAAAAACUUUGAAGGAGCGAAUUAGGUCAGAGACAAGAAGUAGGGAAUAUCUUUCUUCUGCGUCUAUGUCAAGGAAAAUGGAAGAAGCCGUCAAUGGUGAUGGCCGGAAACUGGAAUGCAGCGUCUGUUGUUAUGACUUGUAUAUGUCUGCAGUAUCCUGCCCAUGUAACCAUAACAGAUAUUCAUGCCUGCUUCAUGCUAAGCAUUUCUGCUCUUGCCCCUGGACUGAGAAAAUCUUCCACUUCCGCUAUGAAAUCAGCGAGUUGAAUAUUCUUGCAGAAGCCACGGAAGGCAAGUUGGCUGCGACCAGGAUUUGGUUCAAAGAAAAUCUUGGGCAGGCCCUGCAGUGGGACAAGCCCAAUUUAAAUCAAAAUGAAUAUUCAGAUAAUCCAUCAUCUGCUGCUAAAGACAAGGUUACCUCUGUAGAAAAUGAGGCUUCUGGCUCAAAGUUACUUUCAGAGACAACUGGAUCCCUUGAAAUGAAUGGUAAUAUCAAUGCUAAAGCCGGGAAGACCAGUUUGAACAAUGCAUCUAAUGAUACAAGUUCAUCUUCUUCCUCUGAUAUUGAUUUAGAUGAAUACAUCACAAGUCUGGAGAAAGCCUAUAAAAGUGGAGCUUUCCGUCCAGCAUCCAACAGCGAAGGAGAAUCGUUGCCAAGUGGGAAAGAUCGUGUUUAGAAACCAGGGGGUCUUAUGCAAACUGUUUACCCCGACAAUAAUACGUGUGUUCUCUUAUACAUCCUGUGAUUAAAUCAUGUCUAUUACAGUAUUGUAUUACUCUUAUCAUCGUAUGUUACUCUCGGCAGACCACAAUCGAGUAAGUAUCAUGUAUCAGGAUUCUUUCCAAGAAUCUGUUAUGAUGUAAAGCAAUUCUCAAAUUUUUCAAAAGAAUUAUGAAAGGUAGUCGUGUCUCCUAUUUUCAGCACAUGAGCUCAACGUAUAUUGUGCACAUGCUGACAUGUAAUAUGUAUGAAAUGCUGCACUAGAAUUUUAUUGUUAACUUUUAUUCUAAUACUUAGCUUACAAUUGAAAUUAAAUUUUUAAUA